AUAAGAGAUAUACACCGCAUUACACGUCAUCGAAUGUUUGGAAAGUUUGGGUGGAAAGUUUUGAGGUAUUGCUACAAAACUAAGAUCAUGGUUCGAGGAAGGACAGAUAUGAACUAGAGGGUUCAAAUGUUGGGAUUUAUCUUCAAAGAAAAGAAAAGUAAAAGAAAAUACCACGACUGAGAUUUAAACCCAUUUGUUUCAUGUGAUCCGUAAGUUACAUAUGCGAUAUCUGUUAAAGCAUGUUUAACAAAAUAAUACUUUAAAAGUUAAAUUAAAAACAAUAUUAAUAAUUUAAAAAAAAGAGAACAGCUAUUAAUAUUUUAUAAAAGGAAGGAAGGGAAUGUUUUAUUUAACGACGCACUCAACACAUUUUUAUAAAAGAAGAUUCACACAAAUUUGGCCUAUUCUACAAAAUGACGUUUGACAGAUAUCGGCGAUUCUGAAGCAUUGACAACAAUUCGACUUUUAACCAGAUGGACGUGGCAAAUCAUAACAACUGGAAAGUCAUAACAAGUGAUGGAAAGGCGAGACUGCGACCGAACAUCACAAAAGAACAUAUUAAGCUUGGUGUGAAGAUGAAUAUAAAAUUGUAAUUGUACGUAAGUGUUGCCAGAAGCCAACGGACACUGCUGUUAUCUGUUGUGUUGGAACAUCCUCAGAACGCAGUUGACAAGUAUUCGUGGAUAUAAUUCAUUGUUGUUGCCGAAACACAUUUGUUGUGGAUCAUAUUCCUUUGUUUUGUUCUUCAAGAAAUGAUGGAACAUUUUUAAAACAGAAACAAUAGGCUUAUUCCUUUUUUGUUUUCUUGUUCAAUAAAGGAUGGAACAUUUUUAAAACAGAAAACAAUAAGCUAUUCCAUUGUUUUCUUAUUCUAAAAAGGAUGGACAUUUUUUAAAAAGAAAACUAUAAGCUAUUCCAUUGUUUUCUUAUUCUAAAAAGGAUGGACAUUUUUUAAAAAGAAAACUAUAAGCUAUUCCAUUGUUUUCUUAUUCUAAACAGGAUGGACAUUUUUAAAACAGAAAACAAUAAGUUAUUCCAUUGUUUUCUUAUUCUAAAAAGGAUGGACAUUUUUUUGAAACAGAAAACUAUAAGCUAUUCCAUUGUUUUCUUAUUCUAAAAAGGAUGGACUUUUUUUGAAACAGAAAAUAAUAAGCUAUUCCUUUGUUUUCUUAUUCAAUGAAGGAUGGACAUUUUUAAAACAAAAAACAAUAAGCUUUUCAAUGUUUUCUUUUUCUAUGAAGGAUGGAACAUGUUUUAAACAGAAAACAAUAAACUUUACCAUAUUACUCUGCAAUAUAAAAUAACAUUUUAUUGUGAGUUAUUAAAACGGAACUAUUUUGUUAAACGUUUGGAACUGACCAAAACAAACAAUUGCAUGAUAAUAGCAGUGGGUGUCACGUCUUGUUUUUACGCUUACAUGAGUACUUUAAUUUUAUAAGCACUAUAAGGUUAAGUAGUGGAUAAUUUUAUUUAUAUGUGUUCAUAUAAAACAACACAUCCCAUGAUAUAAGAACUAUAGUAUAUCUUAAACAAUAUACGUAAUGAUCCGUGUUUAAAAAGAACGUGUCUUCGUAUAUGCUAAGAACUAGAUAUAAACCUUGGAAAAUCAAGUUUAGUUUUUACAAAUAUAUGAAUGGAUAAAACUUUCCUUGGAUAAAAUAACUGAAUCGUAAACAGUGGACAUCAUUUUUUUAAUUUUUACGCAAACAUUGAUAAAACUUUCCUAGUUAAAAUUAUCAUGUCUUAAACUGUGGACACCAAGUUUUCUUUUUCUCCUUUUUUGUGAAUAUAUGGAUAAAACUUUCAAUGAUAAAAUAACUACAUUUGCAACCAUGGACACGUUACAAUUUGCUUCCCACUUGUGUCUGGAUAGAAACACACGUUUUGACUUUGUGUGUUUCUAAUGCUAAAAGACCUACAUUUUAAGCAGUGAACUGUGCACUACCACAUGCUCUAAGGUUAGAUAGAAUUUUUCGUUAUGGAUUCUGAAACCCUCACUUCAAGUCCAGACGCGGACGGAAACGGGUACUGGGCGAGUUUUGCCAUGUCCAGCUUCUCAAAAGGUGAGAACAUGAAUGCUCACGAAGGAAUCCUGAUCGGAAAGGGGCCCCGGACCGGGGAGAAAGCCAUUGUGAAAGCAUUCAAACACCAGACUGGCACCGAGGAACUGUGCGAUCUGGAAAUACUGAAGUGCUCAACAGCUGAGAAAUUAGCAAACGUGUUUAAUGCGAAAUUUCGAAGACAUCAGAGGAUUGCUUUCUGCAAGCCCAUGAAAGCGCUGAUGGAUCGGGUUGCGUUUUUCAGCUUUUUUUCUUUGGAUAGGAAAAAACUGUCUAAAACGGAAUGGGUUCUGAUUACGAAAAACAUGAGUAAAGAUCUCCACCGGUGGAUCUCCAAGAGAGGAACACCUUGUCGUCACAUCUCAAAUACCAUGCAAGCGUUUGUGCACUUCUGCUAUGACUAUACCGGCGGCGAUUUGGUUCUGUGUGACUUCAAAGGAAUCGAGGAUGGAUUGGGAUUUGAAUUGAACACGCCGACGAUUCACUCUCAGGACGGUCGGUUUGGGGAGUUCGACCAGGGCAGUGUUGGGGUGGUGAAGGUGUUUGACAGACAUACGUGCAAUGACAUUUGUAGGAAUAUGCUGGUGCCAAAUCUAAAUCCGCGAGGCGGAUUCCAAUCGGUGCCGGUUGAUAUUCCUGUAGUGCCAAGCGCCCCCUACGAUCCAUGUCUUGGGUGGGACCCCUCCUCGCCUAUGAUUAGCUACCCCAUGCCUAUAGCUCCCCCUCCUUACGAGCUCCACCCAACAUUUACAUUUCCACAUUCUGGAAACUCAACGCAAGUACUGAACAGUUCACAAGCGAUGGCUUAUGGUAUAGGACAGAAGUGAUCUUUGCUUUGUAUGUAUAUAUAUAAUAUAAUCCGUUUGCGUCAAAAAGUAACAGAUAAAAUGUAAUGCAACGCUAUAAUGAAUAAAGUAAAAAUUCAUAUAACAAAAUAUUAUUAAAGGGACAUUCCCGAGUUUGUUGCAUUGUAAGAUGUUUCCGACUAAAAGUAGUGUCGGAAAUAGAAUAAA